GUUGGAUUAAUGUGAGAGAGAAGAUCAUCGCUGACUACUUCAUCAUUAGGGUAUUCUUGAGGUUUUGAAGAGCAAAAGGAUUUUAGCAGCACAAAAUCCACAGAGCUCCUGACUCUUCACACUAGGAUUUCCGGAAGCAGUAGUUAAUACACUUGACAAGAUGCAGAACGAAGAGGGUCAAAACAUGGAUCUCUAUAUUCCCAGGAAAUGUUCGGCUACAAAUAGGCUUAUUACUUCGAAGGACCAUGCGUCUGUUCAGAUAAACAUUGGUCAUGUAGAUGAGAAUGGCAUUUACACCGGCCAAUUUUCUACUUUUGCACUUUGCGGUUUUGUCCGAGCUCAGGGAGAUGCCGACAGUGCAUUGGACCGACUUUGGCAGAAGAAGAAGGUUGAAGUCCGACAGCAGUAGAAUAAUGAAACUAUAAAUCGUUUGUCUGCUUCCCUGCAAGUAUUUUUUCUUGAGGAUUUCAACUUUCCAAUUUGUUUCUAUAACCAAUAAAUACUACAACUAGUUCUCUAGCGUUUUCGAUGUGUUUACUCUUGGAAUGAGGUGGUUUUUCUUUCAUAUAUAUACUAUUACCAUUACCAUUAAAUGAUGCUAUGUCUUUUCAAUAAGAACUAAAAGGGUAUUGUGAA